AGUUGAAUCUCCUUGGCAAGUUAAAGCUGCUAAUGAUUUAGCAUGUUUAAUGUUUGGAGUAUCAAAGGGAAUGAUUAGAUCACUUACAUUAAUGGAUUUAAUUGCUCCACAAUUUAGAGAUUUUGUUACAGAAAGAUUAACUAAAUAUAUUGCAGAAAAUCUUGAUUUACUGAUUCGACUGAAACGUUCAAAUAAAGAAGUUAAUAAUAAUAAUAUUUUAUUUGCUGGAGAAAUUGUUGCAAUUGCUAGACCAGGUGAUCAAAAUUUUGCUUGGACAUCAAUGUGGGCUAAAAGAAAGGGAAAUUUAAUUAUUUGUAUGUUUGAUCAAAUUCCUUGUGAUGCAUUUGAUGUAGUUAUUCUGUGUGAAAAGAAUAAUAAUAUUAUAUCACCUAUAAAAGAUGGAAUUUCAAUUCCAAUUUAUAGUGUUGAUUCUGUAUCAGAAAUUGCUGGAAAUUUAGUAAGUCAAUUUGAUAUACCAAAAAUUAAAUAUUUAAAAGAUAUUAGUGAUACAUUAGAUCAAGAAAUUUCAAAUUAUAAUGGAGAUAUUGAUAUGUGGGAUAAUGAAUCAGAAGAUCAAGAUGAUAUUUUAGAUUAUUAUGCUUCAAAACAUACAACUGAUAGUGCAUUAAUUAAUAGAACAAGAUAUUAUACUUUAAAAAGUAGAGGUAAUGAACGUAUCCCAAUUGCCGUAACUUCAACUCCAUUACAAAUUAAUAAUGAAAGACAUGAAAUUAAAUUAAAAAUUCAUUCAUUACCUUAUAUUGCUGGAAUAUUUGUUAUAAGUGCAAUUAAUUAUAAAAUUUUAUCAUGUAAUAAUGCCAUUGCCAAAAAUUUAUUUGGGAAAUCUUCUGAAUUUUUACAAGAUAAAUCAAUUAAUGAAUUAAUUCCAAAUUUUACUGAAAUUCUUAAAGUUGGAUUAGAUCAUAAUUCUGAUUCAUUUUUAUUAACUCCUGGUUUAGUAUUACCUGAACAUUUUUUUAGAAAAUAUGAUGCAUUAUUAAUUCAUCGAUAUGAAAAUCCUGAUAUUAGUGAAGAACAAUUAUUUUUUAAUUCUCAAGGUAUUAAAGGUAUACAUAGAGAUGGAAAAAAUUUACAUGUUGAUGUUCAAUUAAGAGCUUCAACAAAUGAUACUUUAGUUCUUUGGAUUACUUAUUCUCGAGCUUCAAGUAAAAGUAAUAUUUCUAAAGAAUUAGAUAAAUUAAGUGCAAGUUCUUCAUUAUCAUCACUUGGAAAAUUAUCUAAUCCAAAAACUAGAAAGGAAUCUAAUUCUUCAAUAUCAGAAGAAUCAGUUACUGAUAAAAUCCUUCCUAAACCAAAACAUAAUUCAUCUAUAAGAUUACCAUCUCAAUUAAAUUUAUUUCCUGCUGAUGAUUCUGGAAUUCUUGAAUUUUCUCCUAAUAGUAAUGAAAUUGCUCGACUGAAUUCUGUAAGACAAGCAAAAAAUGAAUCCUUUGGUAUACCAGUAUCAUAUUUAAGUAGUAAAGCUUUACAAAAGGCUACUUCAAGAGAUAGUUCUGAAGCUAGAAGUUCAAUAAGAGAAUCAUCUGAUUCUGUAACUGAUUAUACUACAACUUCAGAACCAAUUGAAUCAAAAGUUCAAUUAGGAUCAGAAUUAAAUAAUUAUGGAAUUUCUUCAUAUCUUAAAUUUUCUGAAAAUGAUAUUUUACAAUAUGAAAAGGAUAAACUUUCUGCUAUUGCUAGUCAUUCAAAAGAAUGGCCAAUAGAAGUUGGAGCUAAACGGAAAACUAAGAAAUUUUCUGAAUUUAGAGUUAUAAAGGAAAUGGGUGAAGGAGCUUAUGGUAAAGUAGUUCUUGUUCAACAUAAACAAGAUCAUUUAUAUAAAAUUAUAAUUAAAUGUAUUGAUAAAGAAAGAAUUCUUGUUGAUACAUGGGUUCGUGAUAGAAAAUUAGGUACAAUUCCAUCGGAAAUUCAAGUUAUGUCAUUUUUAAAUUCUGAACCUCAUCCAAAUAUAAUGAGAAUAAUUGAUUUCUUUGAAGAUCAAAAAUAUUAUUAUUUAGAAACUCCAAUAUUUGGUGAUCCACCAGCAAUUGAUUUAUUUGAUUUUAUUGAAGUUAAAAAGGAUAUGACAGAAAUGGAAUGUCAAUUUAUUUUUAAACAAAUUACUUCAGCAAUUUAUCAUCUUCAUACUAAUGGAAUUGUUCAUCGAGAUGUUAAAGAUGAAAAUAUAAUUGUUGAUGAAAAUGGUAUAAUUAAAUUAAUUGAUUUUGGUAGUGCAGGUUAUACAAAACAAGGACCAUUUGAUGUAUUUGUUGGUACAAUUGAUUAUGCAUCACCUGAAGUUUUAAGAGGAGAAAAAUAUGAGGGUAAACCUCAAGAUAUUUGGGCUUUAGGAAUUUUAUUAUAUACAAUGAUUUAUAAAGAAAAUCCAUUUUAUAAUGUUGAUGAAAUUAUGGAAGGAGAUUUAAGAGUUCCAUAUGUUGUUAGUGAUGCAUCAGUUUCAUUAAUUAAAAAGAUUCUCGUUCGUGAAGUGGCAAAAAGACCAACCAUAACAGACAUUGUAGAAGAUGCUUGGCUUCAAUUUUAGUUUAUAUAGUAUAUUUUAUUAUAAUCAAUAUAAUAUAUAAUAUAUAAUAUAUAAUAUAUAAUAUAUAAUAU